AUGGCCUCUACAAAGACUCUAUUCCAACUCACCUCCCAGCCAACAUGGUUUGAGAACAUCGCUAUAAAGUCCGACGGAACUAUUGUGACAACUCGCCUCGAUGUUCCUGAAGUCUGGGCUGUUGAUCCAAAGACAUCCUCUGGGUUCCAAGUUUUGCGUGUCCCUUUCCCUGACGAGAUCCCCAAUCAAGCACUCACUGGCAUCUGCUCCCUCAAACCUGAUGUCUUCGCAAUCGGCGCGGGCUCCUUCGACUUGCCUGGGGGUGCGACAUCUAAGCCUGGGUCGUGGAGUGUCUGGCUCGCAGACCUCACGGCGCAACAGCCCAAGGUGACAGAGGUUACAGAUAUGCCUGCAAUCGGCAUGAUCAACGGCAUCGCGGCAUGGGAUGAGAAUACUGUCCUAGUCACAGACUGUCUCAACGGAAAAGUAUACAAACUUGACGUUAAAACGAGGUCAUACAGUGUCACAUUGGAAGACGAGACCAUGACAAUCCCAGCCGACGCUCCCUUCCAAGCUGGUAUCAACGGGAUCAAGGUUCAUCGAACUUCAGAGCAAACUUACAUCUAUUACACAACCACAACCCGUUUUUCCGUGUAUCGUGUACCUAUUACACAUCAACUGCAGGCCGCAGGUCCAGUGGAAACACUGACAUCAGGGGUCGUUGGCGACGACUUUGCCGUGACCCACGACGGGACUAUUUACUUGUGCACCAACAUAUCCAACACAGUUGUACAGAUCCCGGCGGCUGGUGGAGCGGCAGUGAAAGUAGCCGGCGAUGAAAAAACCCUGGUACUUGCGGGCUCAACAGCGUGUGUGUUGAGUGAGGACGAAAAGGUGCUGUAUGUUGCUACGUCGGGAGCCAAUGCGAUGCCCGUGGAUGGGGAGACAGAGCCUGCAAAGAUCGUACAGGUCAACCUGUACUAG